CUUUUCCUCACAUYGGUCGCAGCCAAACAUUGAGGGUAAGUUGUUGCUGGAGCUUUUUCCCGUACUGCCUUUGUAAAUCUCACCGUUUAUGCUGCACACAAGUUGGGAUGUCGAUUAAAGGCSAUACUUUGACAUUUGUACGGGAGCGUUGAUCUGCCGCUCACGGUAAUAAAUAAUAAAUACGUAAUAAAUCCCCGUGUGUGUUCUGGYUUAUUUGAGAGAACAUGUUUCAGAUUGUUUGUUCCUUUUCGUCUCAGUGUCGGACUGCGACUCAUUCAGUGACCGUUUCAUAGAGAUAUGCAACAAGGACGAGCGGGUAAAAACAGGUUGAAGACGUAUUUUGACUGUAAUUUGUUCUCUGGAGCAGAAGGGGCCAGUAAUGCACCAUUAAGUUGAACGCUARCUACUGCUAAACAAGAAGAGGUUCUUCAAGGCAGGUCUGUGUUCUACCUGUCUUCUGCAAGUCUUAUUUCUUUUUUGUUUCUCAUACUAUUAAUUUUUUGUCCCAUGGAUUCUCAAAUCACCCUUCUAUCGGGGCAUUCGUGAAUUACUGAACCUGCAGUGUUCAACUGUCUUUGUUGUUAUUCAGUAAUUUAGCAAACUAUAACAUUGGCAGUCUUGCGUGUAAAGACAAAUGGAUUGUUAUUAACGCAAACCGUUUUAGAAAAACUUGGCACAUUUAUUUUUACAGACGAGAAAAUAAACUUGAUUCUAUUUUACUUGCAUUAUUUCAUUAGUUUGUGUAAUUUUUCACAUAAUGUAGUWAAUCUGAUGUAAUGUGUAGAAAUAUGCAAUGAAAGGAAAGGGUUAAGCUGGAGGCCCAGUCAACAGCUCUGCAGCUGAGCUAACAGGACCUUCUACUCAGGCAGCUUUCAGUAAGAGGCUUAAUCAGACCACUUUUAUUAACUUUGUUUAAAAAGUUCAAAUCUUCAUCUGAUCAUCUUUAAAUUCUCACUGCUCUCAUCUGUUUUAUUUGAAUUGUAGGAUGUCUGGGAGGUUUCAUUCCUGCAAGACCGAAGACCACACACACACACACGUGCCUGGCAGGAGAUUUGAAAAUAAAUAUGUUACACAGUAACAAGAUUAGCAGAGAGGGGAAGCAAAGAGAAACAAGGGAUUGAAAGAGACAAAAGACGAACUUUGCUCCCAAAGGCAGAGACUGCUCUGCAGGAGAGAUCAAGCUAGUUGCAACAAGCAAGAGAUAAGAAAAGCAAGUGAAACUUCUCAAUGGCAUACCGACUUUUUGAAGGGAAGGAACACGCUUCCAUCUACCAACAGUAUCGGUUUACGCCUCCAUCUGGGCUGAAGGAUGUUAUCAUUCAGUACUUGGACAAAAAGAAGGGACAGCCGCAUGUGCUUGCUGUAGACCUGGGAUGUGGAACAGGUCAGCACACUCGACUAAUUGCGGCACAUUUCAAAGAAGUGGUUGGCAUUGACAUCAGCGACUUCCAGCUGGAGGAGGCCCGGGCCGUGCCGGGAUACGCUAACAUCACAUACCGUAAGGGGACAGCAGAAGAGCUUCCUUUUGAGGACGGUACUGUAGAUUUAUUGACAGCAGCUUCGGCAGCACAUUGGUUCGACCCGACCAGGUUUCUGCUUGAGGCCGAUCGGGUCCUGAAGCCGCGGGGCUGCAUGGCUCUGCUGGGCUUCACGGACUGUAACAUCAGACUAAACUAUAAGGACUGCGGAGAGAAGCUAAACCACAUAUACCAGGAGGUGAAGGAGUUGCUGCGGCCAUACACAAGCAACCCAGUCGCUGCGUCAGAGAGUAAACUGGAAGACUUGUACUCUGCCAUACCCUUUCCAGACAAGGAAAGGAUUGAGAGUUUUAAGUGCAAAUCCAUGAUCUCUAUCAGGACAUUGGUGGGUUUUAUUAGCAGUUGGUCCAUGUACAAUUCUUACAAGAGAAAAGACCCACAAGCGGCUGAAGACAUGCUGGUCAAGAUUCAGAAGCGGUUCCUGGAUGAAAUGGGCGUCACUUCUGUUGACACUGAAAUAGAGCGGGAGUGGGAAUAUUUCUGCGUCCUCGCUUCAAAGCCGCAAUAACCAACACCGCAAACAGAAUCUGAGAUUCUUGUGUGUUUGCAUUCUAAAACGUGUGUAAAAUCUCUCCUUGCACCCUAAAUUUCUGCGACACACUUGAAUGUUUACCACAGGGAAAGUGAAAUAUUCCAGGAAUUAUGUAACUUUUUUGAGAUUUUUAUAAUGUAUAGUAUUAUUCUAUUGUAAAAGCAAACCUGCUUUGUUACUUUCAUGCAUGUUUGAGGAAACCUUGAAUCUCCCAUGGCAACCAUUCAGGAAAGAGCAGGAGCUUCUUAAAGAAACA